UAGUGUUUGUACAGACCAUAACCAGCACAAGGGCUUGCAUUCUCACACCACUGCUCUUAUGUUUUUUACUUUAACUCACUUAAACAUGAAAGGGGAUAUUUUGAUUGUGUAUGUGAUCUUGAUGUCUUUGUUUUGUUCAGGGCAAACACUGGAGUGCUUUCGAUGUGAUCUUGGAUUCUGGGAUCUGUGCUACACCACCAAGACAAACUGCAGUGAUGAUGAGUUGUGUUAUGUUGGAAUUGGUAAAGCAGCAACUGUCCUGGACAUAAAGGUGAUGGGUUGUCUUGCCAUGGAUCAGUGCAACAAGACAACAGUUGUAGAGUUCCCUGCUAAGAAGACAAUCUACACCAUGAACACCACCUGCUGUGAGGAAGACUUCUGCAACUCAGGCCCAACAGUUCAAUUCUCCCUCACUCCUCUCAUGUUUACUAUACUUAUCAUAGCUCAGAUGCUGGGUCUAUUUUGAUGUUUUCACAUCCCAAAUUCUAAUGGGUCAUACUAAUGAGAGGGUAAAGGUCACUGUGGGGCUUCUCUUUCAUGUUUACAUUGUUCAUUUACUCUCGCUUUUUCAUUUACUGUGGUUUUGCAUAAUUGAAAGUGGCUUCCUUUUUGUGACUGCUCAUUUUGGACAUUUUCUUGACAACUGAUUUUAUAUUAAUUCAAAAGAGUAAGAAGUAUUGUUUGUAGUGUGCGUGUACAGUAGGUAUUCAUUAAGGUCCUUCUCUAAACACACUAAUGUUCUAGUCUUUUAUCAAUCCAAA